AUUUGUGUGAAUAGUUAAAAAUAAACAAAUUCGUGGCACUGUAAUCUGUGCCAAAGUUUUACAGAUCAAUACUAAAAUGGCGAACUUAAAGCAAGAUCUAGAUGAAUAUUUGUUGUUACAGAGCGACCAGAAGAAAAACUUCAGUGCCAAAAUACCACAAAUUAAGGUUCCGGAUUUAGGGAAACUAUUUACACGGUCCGAGCCAGCGGAACCCAGUAACAGUUGGUUACAAGAAACGGAAGACAGUUGUUGUCCUAAAUUGUCCCGUCUGCAACGUAUUGUUGGAUUUGUUGCUUGUUUGGGGCUAGGUGCGCUUUGCUUCAGUAUCUCUGUUUUCUACAUACCGGUGUUAAUACUAAAAGCCCAAAAAUUUGCGCUACUCUAUUCCCUAAGUAGCAUGUUUUUUAUACUAGGAUUUUGUUUUUUGUCGGGCUUUGGUGCCUUCAUCAAGACUGCUUUUUCGAAGCCGCGCUUGCUGGUGUCCUGUACAUACACCACCUCGUUGAUAGCAACGCUCUACUGCGCCUUAGUACAUAGCACAGCGUUAACGGUGCUCUUCGCUGUGGCGCAAAUAAUUGCCCUACUGUUUAUGAUCGUCAGCACUGUUCCGGGCGGAGCUUCUGGCAUCAAAUUUUUCGGAAAAAUGUUUAAGAGCACAGUAUCUUCAACAAGUACACUGCCGGUUUAAAUUGAUGAAAAUAAUAUAAGAUCGUAUUCACCAUUCCUUAAUUCGGUUAAUCUGACUCGCUUUUAUUAAAUUUCUGUGAAUUGUAAUUGGUUAAGAUUCGUGCACAUAUCUGGAUUUAAUUCAUUAUGGGUAUUUGUGUAAACGCGUAAAUGCCUCGUAUGCACGUAAACCUCGUAAAUAAACCAUACAAAAUAAGUGAGUUUACGAGGCGUUUACGAGUUUUUAAUGAAAUGCUCUAUUUUUUAUUAUUGAAAGUGACUUGUGAUACCGCAUUAAAAGGAGUUUGUAAAUGUUAGAAUAGUUAAUAUUUAUAACCUUGUUUUUCAGUUUAAUAUUCCGAUAAUACAUAUACAUAAGUCUAAUCUUCGAUUUCACCCAGAUACAAAGUUUUAUCACUUGAAGCAGAUAACAUCACUGGCUCUUUUGGAUGAAAAUCUACAUCAUUAACACUACCAUUGUGACCAGGCAAUUUGUAUAAUAUACGCCUGCUUGUUGUGUCCCAAAUGUAAACAUGGCGAUCAGCAGAACCAGCAGAUAUCUAGAAAAUAUAUUCUCUUUGCAUUUGUUUUAUAA